UGCGCCGCGUUACAACCCUCAUAGUUAUCUCUUGUUUCAAAUCCAGAGAGAAAAAGAAAUGAUUUUUCUCAUGAGGUUCUGAUUUUCCCUUUUGUGUGGUUUUGUUCUUACAAGAAAUCAAAAGGAUUUGCUGCUGGAAAGUUUUUGUUUUCGUCCUUACCGUGAGCUAAGAUUACUCAGGGGAAAUAUGGAGAUGGAAACUGUUGCGGGGGUCGGUGAAGAGACAAGACCUAAAGCCAACUCUGGGUCAGCAAAAGAAUACGACGUCGUGGCCUCAGGUGAGAACGGUGUUAGGGUUUCUGAAAACGGAGAUGAGUCUGGUGUUAUUGAAGAUUGUGUGAUGAAUGGAGUUUCGUCGUUGCUAAAGCUUAAGCAAGAUGUAAGUGAGAAUAAAGAUGGUGAAGAAGAAGAAGAAGAAGAAGAAGAAGAAGAGGAAGAGGAAGAGCAUGGAUACCAAGUAGGAGAUUUUGUGUGGGGCAAAAUCAAGAAUCAUCCAUGGUGGCCAGGUCAGAUAUACGAUCCAUCGGAAGCUUCAGAGUUGGCGUUGAAGAAGAAGAAGAAGCAAAAGGGGAAGAAGCUGCUGGUUGCGUAUUUCGGAGACGGGACGUUCGCUUGGUGCGGUCCCUCGCAGUUGAAACCGUUUGCGGAGAGUUUCGAAGAGUGUUCCAACGCCAGCAACGCGAGGAGCAUUGUAACCGCGGUGGAAGAGGCGGUCGAAGAGAUGGGUAGACACAUGGAGCGUUUACUACUAAAACGCAGCGGCGGCGAUUGCGGCGCAGAGGCAGAGGACCGUGUGGUUAAGAACGCUGGGAUAAAAGAAGGUGUUGUCGUUCGUGAGGUGAGGAGAGAGAUGAUUUCUUCUCUGCUGGUUGGUAAACCUGAAGGGAUUCUCCAAGAUGUUAGAGGAUUUGCAGCGACGGUUAGUUUCGGCGGUUUGCUUGAGCUUGAGGUUGUGAAGCGGAAGGUGUCUGCGUUUUACCGGUCUAAAGGAGGAUAUGGUUUGACUGAGUUUCCUGAGCCACAACCAGUUCCGGGACUUGAAGACAAGAACAAUGAUGAUGAUGAUGAUGAUGAAGACGAGGACUUUGAUGAAGGUGGUGCUAAACGUUCGACAAUAGAAGAAGAAGAAGAAGCGGAAGAGAAGUCGUCGAUUCAAAGACGGUUAGAGAAGUGCUCAGGUUUUCCUGAUCAUAGGCUGCAACACAGGAGGAAGCAGAAGAGCAUUGCUGAGAUAUUGGAGAAUGAGUCUUGUGCUAUGGUGAGACUUGAGAUAGAGUCUGAUGAUCAAAAGGGGAAGUCGAGUAGGAAGAAGGUCAAACGUAGCGAUGAGGUUGCACUUGUAGCCACCACCAAUCCGAGGAGUAGAAGAAUGAAAGAAGAUAGCAAAGGCAAAAGGAAGAGGAAGAAGGAUGGGGAUGGGAGUGGAGGAGAGAGAGAAGAGGAUGAAACAGAUAACGAUUCAACUCCGUUAGCUUCACUGCGAAAGGGGCCGAAGGUUGAUGCUGCUUCAAGUGGCGAGACCUCCACACAAACAGGAAAGAGAGAGAGGAAGAAGAGCAAGUACUUUUCGUCUGAGUUCUUGUCAGAUUUUUCAUCUAAAGGCAGAAGAAAGACCAAAACUGAACCUGAAUCUUGCAUUGUUCCAAGUCAGAGCCAAGUAGGAGGAGGAGAGCUGAUGGCCGAUGGUGCGAGUAAUAGCCUCGUGGUGGUGGAAGAGGACAACCCUUGUGAGUUAUUACUAUUGGAGAAUGGUGAAGUUCAUCAGGAACUUAGUAACGCUGUCGAUUUUCUGAGAUUGGGAGCUACAGCUGAGGAAAUUCGGGAUCUGAUUCGUGUAUCUGCUCUUGGUACAGAAUAUCCAAAAGACAGUAGCUCAAGAGACAUGGUAAGAGAGUUCAUGUCCAUCUACAGAAGCUUCACAUAUCGUGAGGGUGUUAACAGCAAGUUUCUAGGGAGUUAUAAUACUGCAGAUUCAGACAAGGAAGAAGUGAAUGGGACAGGCAAACCUGAGAAGAAGAUUGAGCAACCUGGAAAAGAAGAGAAUGAGACAGCAAAGAGACGGAGAAAACUAAAGACGCAAGCUGAUGAAGUAGAAGAAACCCGCAAAGAGGUGACUGAGACGACAAAGAAAGAGAGAAAGCGUAGGAAGCCUGAAUCUGAGAAGAAAGCUGAUGAAGAAGAGGAAACCCUAGAAGAGUUUACGAAGAAAGAGAGAAUAGCUAAGAAGCCUAAAUCAAGGAAGCAAGGGGAUGAAGAAGAAGAAGAAGAGGCGAGUGGGUCAACAAAGAAAGAGAAAAAAACUAAGAAGCCUAAGUUUGAAGAACAGGAAACCCCGAGUGAGUCUGAGAAGAAGGAAAGAGAGGCAAAAACAAAGAAGCAGGAAUCUGAGAAGGAAUUUUCAGGAGCUGAGCUGUUUGUUACAUUUGGUCCUGGUUCAAGUCUACCUAAAAAAGAAGUGCUUAUUGGAAUCUAUGGAAAGUUUGGAGCUUUGGAUGAAGAGAGAAGCUAUGUUUCAGAGACCAGCUUCUGUGCCCGUGUUGCCUUCUUGAACGUGGACGAGGGAGAGACAGCCUUUGAGUCUUCACUUGAGAACUCUCCUUUUGGUUCUAUUUCCACGGUGAAAUUCAGACUCAAGUAUCCUAAUGAGAGAGCAGGGAAGAAGAAAGGUGAAGUUGAAGCUGAAGUUGCAGAGGCUAAAACUGUGGAGAUGGGACAUUUGAAGAAGAAGUUUGAGGAGAUGAUAUCAUUGGUGGAUAAGUCUGAAAGAGGGAUGACUGCAGAAGUUAAAGUGAAACUUGAAGAGGAGAUGGUGAAUUUGCUUGAGGAAGUAAGAAAGAUGCCACUGUCUUAGGAUUAUGUUUUUAUGUUUUAUGUUGGUUGAGACGUUUACAGGGGGGAUUGUGAGUUUUCUGGAAAAAGCAAGGUCUUAGGAUUAUGUCUCUUAUGUUUGUUGGUUGAGAAUUUUCGAGACACUUUUACAGGUUUUUAGGAUA